AUGUGGACCCAAUGCGACCUACUCGGCCCUCCAAACCCAGAUACGGAUGCCGAACCCGUUAUUGCUCUUUGGACCGGUCAUGCCGCUCAAGGCUAUGGAUUUGGGACUAUCAGUUUCCUGAACAGCUCGUACGACGAGAUCUACCAGGUGACCCUGGGCUGCAAGGAACAGAAAUUUGUCACAGUCUUUGAACCAAUGGAAUCCCUCAAGGGCAGAACCAGCGAUGAAUUCCAUCUUGGCCUCGACACGAGUUUCUACUACCAGCACGAUGUCCGGUUCGAGUCGCAAACACCCGAGCGUGUUACUUUGGGCGUGCACAACAACUAUAACACCAAUUUCACCGGUGCAACAGCUCUGACUACCGGUCCUAUCCUGGGCGCCCUGCAGGGAUCGAAGCAGGUGACGCUCAGUGGCCGGAUGUGGGAUGCUGAUGAGCCAGUAUGCGCUCAGUCACAGGGUAGCUACCAGGUCAUUGGAAAUGGACACGUUCUUCAAGAUCACGGUGCUACACCAAAGAUUGAGGAGUAUGAUAAGAACGGUCGGAUUGUGAUGCGUGCUCGUUUCGGUUACGAUAAUACCAUGCAGACCAACCGCGCCUAUCGGUACCCCUGGGCUGGCCGGCCUUCCACUGAGCCUAGUGUGGUUGCUUACCCAUCUAGCAAGAGUUGGAAGACAACUGUGUAG